AUGGUAGUUGAUGGCAAGGUUAGGUUGGUAAAUCCAGGUGUCAAUCCUUCGCCGCAUAUGCACCAGAUCGUGGGAGGCGAUGCGUUUAACGUGACGAUGGAUCCUCGAACCGAUAUAGCAGAAAUGGCUUCAUGUACUACAUGUACUUUCUCAGAGGAUUUCUCCAACUACUGGACAGCAGUCCUCUACUUCCGCGCCCGAAACGGCACAUUCAAACGCGUCCAGCAACUCAGCAAUCAGAACCUCGCGGACGCAGACGGUGGAAUGACAGUUUACUACGUCUCUCCAGACAGUCGAACCUCCCAGAUUACAGCUUUUAGACCCGGGUUCCGGAUGUUGGCAGGAACAGCAGAGGCACGUAUUCCACAAUCCGGAUUCGUAAAUCUAUAUCGAUGUUACGACGGUUACGAUGACAAGAUGUUCUUUUACCCAAAUCCGAUGGGUGUGGCUGCGAGUGAUACGACGGAUUUGCCGAAGGGAUAUUGUGCUGGUGGGAUCAGAGUCAAUACGUUCUUCCCAACAUGCUGGGACGGCAUCAACCUCGAUAGUCCAGACCACAAAACCCACGUCGCUUAUCCAGUUCGCGGUCAACCAUGUCCAGCUACACAUCCAGUGGAGAUUCCACAAAUCUUUAUCGAAACGAUUUGGAAGACAGGGGACUUUCCAAAAGAAGACUGGCCUGAGGAUGGAAGCCAACCAUUCGUGUUUAGCCAGGGAGAUCCUACCGGCUUCGGCCAUCACGCCGACUACGUAUUCGGUUGGAAAGGCGACUCCCUCCAAAAAGCUAUGGAUGCAAGAUGUGAUGUUUAUGAUCCGACACCUGAUGGGGCGAUUCACCCGCCGAGUGAGUGUCCGCAGCUGAGGACGCAGGAACAGGUUACCGCGAAUAAGUGUGUUCAGAGACAGAUGGCUAGGGAGGAGUUGGAUGAGUGGAUUUCGGAGUUACCUGGUGGGAGAGUCGUUACUUAUGCUUAG